CGUCUUAACAGAAUACGAAGAAAUAUGGACGAAAGUGAAGUCAUGGACUCAAAAUAAACCGUUCAGAAGUUGUAUAAAUUCGUUACAAUAAUGAAUAUGUAUUUAAGACAUUAACUAAAUUGUUUGAAUAUUCGAGUUGAACUAUGGCUCAAACAAAAAGAGCAUGGAAACUUCAGGAGUUUGUAGCCCAUGGAGGUAAUGUGAACUGUCUGGCUAUGGGCCACAAGACUGGCCGGGUGAUGGUCACUGGUGGUGAGGACAGAAAGGUCAACCUGUGGACAGCAGGCAAACCCAACUGCAUAAUGAGCCUGGCAGGUCACACAACAGCGGUGGACAGUGUGAGGUUCGGACACAAUGAGGAGAUGGUAGUGGCUGGGUCAGUGUCCGGCGCUCUCAAAAUAUGGAACCUCGAGGAGGCCAAAAUAUUACGGACACUCACAGGGCACAAAUCCAGUGUACGCAGUCUAGAUUUUCAUCCCUAUGGAGACUAUGCAGCAUCAGGGUCUACGGACAGCACUAUAAAGCUAUGGGAUAUUCGCCGGAAAGGUUGUAUAUACACGUACAAGGGUCACAGCAACCCAGUGAAUACUUUGAGGUUUAGUCCAGACGGUAAAUGGAUAGCUACAGGGGGCGAGGACAGUCUCAUAAAGAUCUGGGAUCUCACAGCCGGCAAGUUGCUGACAGACAUGCGUCUUCACACAGCUGGGGUUAACGUUAUAGAAUUUCAUCCUAAUGAAAUGCUGCUGGCUUCUGGAAGUUCAGACAAGACAGUGAAGUUCUGGGACCUAGAGACAUUUCAGCUGAUCUGCAGUACAGACCAGGAUGCCAGUCCAGUCAGGAGCAUAUGUUUUGACUCGGAGGGGGCAUGCUUGUACAGUGGAGUGAGGGACUAUCUCAAGGUGUACGGCUGGGAACCAACUCAUUGCUUUGACUCAGUCCCCAUAGCCUGGGGUGAGGUGGCCGACAUGAGCAUCGCAAAAAAUCAACUAAUUGGUGCAUCAUUUAGCAAGACAAAUGUGUCAACAUUCGUAAUAGAUCUGAGCAGAAUCCAGCCCCAUGGCGGGGUACCACAUCAAGAGGGGGGUCCCCCUCUCUCAAGCAGUCAUGGCCGGCGCAGUUUCCUUACAGAGAGACCUCCCACACAGUCUUCUAGACAGGCCAGUGUCCCCAAGGAAGAUGAGACAGAGCCAGUCAGUCUGAGUCCCGACCAGGAAGACCGAGAAUCUGUGGCUGACAUCCACAAUCCGGAUGACUUCCGUGAGAUAUUCCAGCCUAAACAUAGAAUAGAUCGGUCACCAACAAGAACACAAGAGCCAUUCCUGCCUCCUCAAGAUGAUGGUGUAUUUCCCGAGCCAGAACCUGUCCGGCAGCCAGCUCAGGUCACAAAACCUUCCACCAAUGCGUCCAAGCCCCGCGUCAAACGUGAGCUACCCACAACCAACCGCACAAGUCAACCUGCUCAGCCCCCUCCUGCAGUAAGGCCUGUUGUUCCAGAGCCAACCCCGAUUGUCCGGGCACCAGACCCUCCCGCGCCUGUAGAGCCCAGUGUGAAACCAACCCCGCCUGCCCAGAGGCAAACCUCUGUACCAGGAGUCAACCCUAAUGAUUUCCUCAAUGCGGACGCCCAUCGUGUUGGUGACUCUCAGAGACAGAUGACAGAGGAGAUGUUCUUUGACGAGGGCAGCAAGAGUCACGAUGUGAUGAGCAAGGUGCUUUCUAAGAGGGUCAAGGACCUGCAGACUGUCCGGGUCAUGUGGACGUCAGGCAAUAUCAAGACGGCCAUAGAUUCCGCUCUCAGCAUGAACGAUAAAGCAGUGACUGUAGAUGUUCUCAAUAUCCUUAAUGCAAAGUCUGGACUUUGGAACCUGGAUAUUUCUGCAAGUUUGCUGCCACAUUUAAAGGAUUUGGUGUCCAACAAAUAUGAAGAGUAUGUGAUGAUAGCCUGUGAGUCAUUGAAGAUUGUACUGCGUAACUUUGGCCCCGUGAUCAAGGCCAAUCUGACUGCCCCACCUGGUAUAGGGGUGGAUCUGUCUAGAGAGGACAGGUACCGGAAGUGUAACGGCUGCUACAAGCAGCUGAUGGAGAUCCGUACUGUGGUGGACAAGAAGUGUGCACUAGCAGGCAGUGUUGGCGAGACAUUCCGGCAGCUGCAAAUCCUCAUGGGCGCCCUGGACUGACCAUGAACUUGACACGUACAUUGGGCUCUGAGAAAUUGGGGUUAAAUGCAUUUGCGUAAAGUAUCAUCCAAGAUUAGCACAGUUUAACCAGGGAUGACACUGUCUGCCUAAACUGGAUUUUUUGCUAAGAAUAGACAUGGUUGGAACAAAGAAUAACAUGAAAGCAGAAGUUGUCAUCACUGAUAAGGACUGCACAGGCUAAUCUGGGAAGACACUUUACACACAAGUAUUAAACCCCAUUUCACAAGGAGAGGCUCAUUUACAGAGUGGGGAAACAUUGGAGCUGUGUGAGGUGUCAGGACCACUGGACAAAACAUCUCUGAAACUGUGUCUGUCCAAAAUUAUGAACCUUGUACCUCUAAAAAUACGUUUCAAGUAUGGUUGCUGAACCUAUGUGUAUGCAUAGUGAGCUGCCUACUAAACUGAAUAUCUUUGCAAAUAAGGAAAGAUCUGUUGUCAUAAUUGCAGGCCGGUAAACCCUAUUAAUUUCUUGUCUGUCUCUGUUUGCCUCUUGCAGACUGGUCAACAUGGGAAUGUGCCUGAUUAUGCAUGUGAUGCAUAAUGUUAGCAAAUAUUUACUGACAAAUGAUAAAUAUAUAAAGAAACAAUGUUUAGUUCAUCAGAACAUUGGUAGCCCUGUUAUGAUUAUUUUGUCAAACAAUAUCAAGAGAUCAUAUUGUGAUGUACCGUACAGUUAUGCAAAAUAUUGAAGAGAAGUUAAAAAUAAGACGAGAUUAUUUGAUUGGAUGAACAAACCUUAACUCUGCUCAGUGAAGUUAUUGAUUAUUCUUGUGGAAGUUCAUUGUGAUUUUCUGAUCACUUAGUGCCAGUUAAAGUGAAAUAAUUCUGUUUUGUUAUUACCAUAUAGUUGGUUUGCGGCAUUAUUUACAUUCAAUAUGUGGUAUUAUUGUCCCCUACCGGUUUCACCAGAGGGGACUUAUGGUUUGCGCUCUGUGUGUCUGUCAGUCUGUCUGUCAGUCCGUCAGUCUGUCACACUUUUCUGAAUCCUGUGAUAACUUAAAAAAAGUUGUUCAUAUUUUUUGAUGAAACUUUAAACAUGGAUAGAUGGCAAUAUGGACAUUAUGCACGUUAUUUCAUUUUGUUCCUAUGUCAAAAAUUUUGGUUGCUCUGGCAACAAAUUUUUAAAAAAUUCUGACAAUGGUGGAGCCGGUAGGGGACAUAUAUUGCUUGGCAAUAGUCUUGUAAUAACUUAUUUUCUUAUUAUUUCAAUAUUAAUAUUAUGCUUUCACACAUUUUUAAUCAGUAAAUGUGUUUAAUUAUAUAUUUUAACUGUCUCAGUCAGUAGUGUGUUUGCAAAUGAACAAGAUAAAUCACACGCUAUCAUAUUUACCCUGGUAUAUGCCAUGAUACUAAAGAGCAAUGUUUGAAUCUUUCGUAUUGUCUCUAAAUGAUUCACUUUAAAAGAAUUAUAAAAAUAGUCAUGUUUCACAUAUUUAAGCAGUGUCAAGGCAAUAUAGUUCUUAUGUCAUAUGCAACCUGUGAAGCUCAGACCAGCCUGCGCAUUUGCACAGUCUGGUAAGGACCUACUAUCUCCUCUAAUGAGAAGAUGAUAACUUUGGGUUACUUUAUUGAUCGCAUUUUCACAUGACUCCGCUAAUUGCAGUCUUUUAUAGAACAGAUGCAGUACAUGUAUUUUAAAAGACUUUUGGAUUGCUUUUGCCAGUGCAUAAAUGUAAUAGGUGAUAACCUAUUGGUACAAAAAGGGAAGAAAAAUGUGAUGCUACUGAUAACUGGACUUUCUUGCAGUAUAUAUUCCAUCUUGGAAUAUUCACAUUAAUGUUCCUCUGUGUAAGCUGUACACACCUAUUGAUAUAAAGUAUAUGUCAACAGGACAAAUGUUGUAAAAUAAGUAUAUUAAUAUUUGUCUUUACUAUACACCUUUGUGAUACAUACAUCAGUGCUUUAUGCAGUCUUCUAGAAGUGUGAUCUUUAUAAACAUUUCAGCAUAUUGUUGCUAUUUAUUGUGUUAAAUGUACAUUGUUAUUUGUUAAAAGAGUACUCAACUGGUGGACAUGAUAUGGACGGUCUGUUUGGUUUGCCUGAUGUAAAUGCUUGUGUGUGUGUGUGUGUUCAGUAAAUAAAUUGUAAAUACCCAUUUUGCUUUGAUUACCUUCCUCAAAAUAAAAUAAACUACUUAAACUUAUUCUGAUACUCAGUGUAA